CCCUUUGACAGCCCACUCUAACACACAGCGGAGGUCUCCCUGCGCCGCUGCGCUACCACCGGCCCGCUAGCCUUGGAUUAGGGUUUGCGUCUUCUGGGUUCGUAGGCUUAUUCGAUCGUCCAUGGCGACCUCGUCGGCGCAAAUCCACGUCCUCGGCUCUUCCGGCGCCUUCCCUUCUUCUAAGUUGCCGUCCUCUCGCUUUGCCGCUUCCAAUUCUCUCUUCUUCGGCCUUCGCCGACCUAGCGGCGCUCGGAUUGUUUCGGGACGCCGGAGCCAUGGCUCCGGUUAUAAGCCCCUGCGGGUGGCGUGCGAGAAGGUGGUCGGGAUCGAUCUCGGCACCACUAACUCCGCCGUUGCUGCCAUGGAGGGAGGGAAGCCGACGAUCGUGACCAACGCCGAGGGACAGCGAACCACGCCCUCGGUGGUGGCCUACACGAGGAACGGCGACAGGUUGGUGGGGCAAAUUGCCAAACGGCAGGCCGUGGUCAACCCUGAGAAUACAUUCUUUUCGGUGAAGCGGUUCAUCGGACGGAAGAUGUCAGAAGUGGACGAGGAGUUGAAGCAAGUCUCUUAUCGGGUUCUGAGAGACGAGAAUGGAAAUGUCAAGCUCGAUUGCCCUGCCAUCGGGAAACAGUUUGCUGCUGAAGAGAUCUCAGCUCAGGUUUUGAGAAAGCUCGUGGAUGAUGCUUCCAAGUUUUUGAAUGAUAAAGUUACGAAAGCGGUGGUAACUGUUCCUGCUUACUUCAAUGAUUCUCAAAGGACAGCUACAAAGGAUGCUGGCCGUAUUGCUGGUUUAGAAGUCCUUCGUAUCAUUAAUGAGCCAACAGCUGCAUCAUUGGCAUAUGGGUUUGAAAAGAAAAAUAAUGAAACUAUUCUGGUAUUUGAUUUGGGAGGUGGCACUUUCGAUGUUUCAGUUCUUGAGGUUGGAGAUGGUGUUUUUGAAGUGCUAUCAACAUCUGGGGACACACAUCUCGGUGGUGAUGACUUUGAUAAGAGAGUUGUUGACUGGCUUGCCGCUGACUUUAAGAGAGACGAAGGAAUUGAUCUGUUGAAAGACAAACAAGCCCUUCAGAGGCUGACUGAAACAGCUGAAAAAGCUAAGAUGGAAUUGUCAUCCUUGACUCAAACAAACAUUAGUUUACCAUUUAUCACCGCCACUGCUGAUGGUCCUAAGCAUAUAGAGACCACAAUUACAAGGGCGAAAUUUGAGGAACUUUGUUCAGAUCUUCUGGACAGGCUUAGAACACCUGUUGACAAUUCCUUGAAAGAUGCAAAACUCUCAUUUAAGGACAUAGAUGAGGUAAUCCUUGUUGGUGGGUCAACCCGUAUCCCAGCAGUACAGGAACUUGUGAAGAAGAUGACUGGAAAGGAUCCUAAUGUCACUGUCAAUCCUGAUGAGGUUGUCGCUCUUGGUGCUGCAGUUCAGGCAGGAGUGCUGUCUGGCGAUGUCAGUGACAUUGUCCUCCUUGAUGUCACACCACUAUCUCUUGGUUUGGAAACGUUGGGCGGGGUGAUGACAAAAAUCAUUCCGAGGAACACAACACUUCCGACAUCCAAAUCGGAAGUGUUUUCCACAGCAGCAGAUGGUCAGACAAGCGUCGAGAUAAAUGUUCUACAGGGAGAGAGAGAAUUUGUGAGGGACAACAAGUCACUUGGCAGUUUCCGUCUUGAUGGAAUCCCUCCAGCACCACGAGGAGUGCCACAGAUUGAAGUCAAGUUCGACAUUGAUGCCAAUGGAAUGCUGUCUGUAACUGCUGUCGACAAGGGCACUGGAAAGAAACAAGACAUCACCAUCACUGGUGCUAGUACCUUGCCUAGCGAUGAGGUAGAAAGAAUGGUGAAGGAAGCUGAGAAGUUCGCAAAAGAGGACAAGGAGAAGAGGGAUGCCAUCGACACGAAGAACCAGUCCGAAUCUGUGAUUUAUCAGACGGAAAAGCAACUGAAGGAGCUUGGUGACAAGGUACCUGCUGCUGUCAAGGAGAAGGUCGAAGCCAAGCUUAAGGAUCUCAAAGAUGCAGUUGCAAGUGAAUCGACUCAGGGCAUGAAGGACACAAUGGCUGCGUUGAACCAGGAGGUGAUGCAGCUUGGCCAGUCACUGUAUAACCAACCAGGUGCAGCUGGUGCUGGUCCAACUCCUGGAGCUGAUGGCGAGUCUGCAGGAACAUCGCCCGAGGAGUCUGAUAACGGUGAUGUUAUCGAUGCGGAUUUCACGGAUAGCAAGUGAGCAUGGUCAGGUGGGUAGGAGACAAUUUUCACGAAAAUCCUCAGCUAUAUAGGUGGAAAAAAAAUUGAAUCCUUGAAGAUCAACACUAAGAGCACACUAAUGGGAUAGGUGCCAACAGGUUUGUGAGCAAAUUAUAUGCGUUAGGGAUAAAUAUGAGGCUUAUUUUCCUUCAAGAAAAAUGUCGUGCAUUAUCACAUCUUUUUUAUUCUGUAAGCUCAAAUUAUGAAUUCUUAAUGCUUUGAAAGCUAGAUUCUUCCA